GCCGGAGUCCCUGGUCAGGGGACGGUCGCAUAAAAGGGCUGACAGGAACCCAGCGCCUGGCUGCAGAGGCAGCGUCGAGUCCCGGGAGAGCGGGUUUCCCGGACCAGCAGCAACAACAGUUGCCAGAGAGAGAGACAAGUGCAGAUUUGAGGAGAGCUUCGCGUCACCUUGAGAACGGCUGUAAGAGCGCGUCAGCAUGCCUUGGGACCUGGGCAGCCCUCCCCACGGCCGGGACUACCGCUGCCAGAAGCGCUGCAAGAAAUCGUCUUUCGCCUUCUAUCAGGCGGUGCGGGACCUCCUGCCUGUCUGGAUCCUGGAGGAAAUGAGGACCAUGGAGGCGUUUCACUGGGAGGAGGGCGGCCGUAUGAGCGCCUACUCGCCGUCCGAAGCCCUGCUCUACGCUCUGGUGCACGACCACCAGCGCUACGGCCAGUACCUGCUAAACCAGCACCCGCGGGCAGCGCUGGCCGUGCCCAGCGACAGCUUUUGCUGCUGCCGCUCCUCGGCACCGCACCUCGCCAUGGCCGUACGCUACAACCGCGUCGCCACCCUGGCACACCUCCUGAAGUGCCUGCGGGACUGUCCUGGCAUCGACCGCUCCGACUACAUCAACCGCAGGGGCUGUGUGCAUGUGGAGAGCGGCAAAACGCCGCUGCAUGUAGCUUGCGAGCUGGCAAGAGCCGAGUGUUUGAUUUUGCUGCUGACGCACGGCUCCUCUCCCUACAUCACGGACUGCGAGGGUAACACACCGCUGGACACGUUACUCCUGCAGCUGUGUGACAGCCGGCUGGAGAUGCAGAGAAAGCACGCCUGCCUACAUCGUCUCCUGCUUUUCAUGCCGGAACUGAAAUUUAAAAUGAAGUCGGCGCUGAGAAGCAACGCCGGCCUCUGGCAGGGUUUGCUUUCUCCGGACAUCUUUCAGUGGCUCUCGGGCUGCAGUCCGCCGCCGCUCUUUGUGAAGGCCAUGCAAACUUUAAUCGCAGCCAUCGCUCCAGAGAGAUUCCCAGAGGGGCUGCACGAAUUGCCUAUAUCCCACCUACUUAAACCUUUGGAUUUCAAACUGACCAUGGAGGACACUGCCCAAUCAAACUAUAAGUGAUGUCGCUUUUAUGUUUAAGGAAUUUAAUAAAAGACUGGUUACAGAAAGGCUUUAUAGAGCGGCCUCCGCCGCGCUGGAAAACGGACGUUUGGCUGCUUUUAUAAAGAACUUUAGUGAAGUGUACUAUGGAAUCAGAAACUUCGCGAAAGAGGUCAUUAAAGCCUGAGUGAUUUGUUUGACUUCCUUGGGUUAUAUCUUUCACUCAAACUUUUGAAAUAAUAGCUGUUAUGUAAUGCUUUUGAGUGUGAACUGUAUCUCCGCAUUCGGGUUUCAAUUCCCGCAGUAAAUAGUUUUGAUUAAGUGUUUAA